CUUGCGCACGGCGCUGCACGCGCACUCGAGCCGCGUUCAGGAGGCUUCCGUGCGGUCGCGCCACCGUCGGUGGGGACCUCCAUAAUGUGUGUUAUCCUGGCUCGGAACGGCACGGCUCGGCGUGCUGCUGCUGCUGCUACACGGCCCCGCUAGGCUGGCUGCCCUGCUCGAGGAAGGACACAAUCUCACCAGCACAGCAAGCCAAGCAGAAGACGACGCGUCCACAAUUCAUGUCAACCGUGCAAGAUGAGUACAGACAGACCCAAACGGAAUAUCAUCAAGAAAAAAUUUGACAUCAGCGAUGGCAUGCCUUGGUGCGAAGAACGUCUGGUGCGCAAAGUUCUUUUCCUGUCCCUCAGGGAAUUCCGAGACACGCGUCGUGCCACGCACAAACACUCAGAAACGCAGAAACGCCAGCAUGCGUGUCAGACUUCACUUUCGCGUGCUCUGCAAAAGUCGGGCGAAAGAAGCCAGCGGCAGCGAGUCUCACACAGGCUGCAGAAGAUGCAGAAAAGCCCAGAUGCAAGUCUGCAAGUCAACCGCAAGUCAAAACGCUCCGGCAAUCGCGAUCACACCAACAGAGUCCACAAAACAAACUUGUCUCAGGACACUCAAUCACGCAAGCCCGCCAGCGCUCCCACACGACAAAGCAUGCAAACACAAUCCAAAGGCGCACGCUACCCUGGCUCACGGGAACACGUGCACACGUUCCGGAAGAACUCGGGUUCUACUGGGACGCCGCGGUCACACAAAACACAACAUUCACCGUCAACGUUGAAGUCAAAAUACACAAAAACUACACGAGUGACCCGCAAAGGCCAACGCACUCAGCACUCAGUGAAGAACAGGAGCACUCCACAGAAUGUCCACACGCUGCCGGCCGUUCCUGUGCCAGCCAGGAGGCGGAGGUCACGCUCCGCCAAGGGCAUGAGGGGUUCCCUGCUUAAUGGCAUCGGCCGCUGUCGGCCCCUGCUGUCAGCUGGCCCGAGCUGGAGCUGGUCCCUGCAGACCCGCCCUCAGCGCCACCCUGCCAGCCUCCUUUAUGACGAGGAUGACCCAGACAGGAGGCCAAAAGUGCAAGCGCAAAGAAAGUUUGCCCAGUCCCCUCCCAGCUCUCCGUGUCCACUCAGGAUGACGCCAACACAAUACAGCCAGCACAACCACAGCUCCGCGCCCGUCAGCAGUCUUACCAGACGUCGACCCAAAACGGAGGACUUCUUGUCUUUUCUCUGCCUGAGAGGUUCUGCAGCGUUGCCAAGGAACGUGCCCUUCUUCAAUGGCCGAGAGAAGGAACCAGCCGCCACGAGACGUGUUAGUUCUGUGAAUGAGGGGAGGAGCGUGACACUUUUUGUGCAAAAUCUUAGAGGCUCUGUCUCUGCAGAGGACAACAGCCUCUGUCCUCUAAGUGCCCGUGCGCAGAGGAGGAGAGAGCGAGAGCGGCGAGACGAGGAACAGACGAGGAAGAAGGAGAUAGUGGAGGAGGGGAGACGAGAGGAAGCAACGAAACACUACCUAAGACCUAGACACCUCUCCAUACAGCUCAGGAGGAAUCAAAAGGUCACCAAGGUGGCCAGACUCGCCGAACAUAGAGCCUCCUUUGUCAGAUCCGUUUCCACCUUGAAGCCGAAGACGGGGGUUGGCAGCCGGCGAUCCUCACGGCCGAGCAACCGUAAAACGAGAGGCCGCUCCCGAAGGCGAUCACGGGAAUCCAACAGCGAUGGCCACUCCCCACCCAGCAACCAGCAGCUGCCUCACAAUCAACACCUGAAUGUUUGUCAGUUCAACAGAAACCCCAAGACUCUCAGAGCUCUUCAGGACUCAGGAAGAACUUUAAUUCAAAUGCCCUUGACUACUAACUUAGCCCAUCUCAGUGAGACCCCUGGGGUUAAGAGAUUGUCCCGAAGAAGAAGAGGCCUUCCUCCAGAUACGAGCUCGACUCCUGUCAAUCAUUUCCCCACAGACAAUCCCAUUAAAGAGAGAAAGAAGUACAGAACACUGCAGUCCAACGGGAAUAUCCAGCUUGACAUUGACUGCUGUAAUGGCGACACCUUUGUGAUGGAGGCUCGCUGCAACCAAGAUGUCAACGUGGAACACGUUGGCCGUCAGGUAAAAAACCCCGUAAGAUGUGGGUAUGGAGAGCUGACGCCAGCACGGGAAGCUUAUUUUCCUACGGAUCGAAUGGGAAAGUUAGACUUGGCAAACGUCGGCACUCAAGAGGUCAACGAUAAAUCUGACCUCGGCGCGGUCGGCGAGAUCAUAUACAGACAUAUGCGGGAAAAAGGGCUACGGAGAAACCAGACGGCUUCACCUCCAACCUCCAGGACUCCCGUGUCUGAGACUGUUAUCAGAGCUGCGGGAGAUGCUAGCGCUCCUAAAGCUUUAACCAACUCAGCGACAUCAGCGUACGUCCAUAACCACCGACCAGCCGAUACUCCUGCCACGCGCAGUCCAAAGGGUACUAAAAAAGGUGCUAGCAAAGACGUGGUCAAGUUGAUUUCACCAGCCAGCAGCUGCCCUGCGAAUUCUUCCAAGGGCUGCGCUGAAGACUCAACGGCUAGCAGCUACUCCAGCACUUCCAAGGGCUCUACAAAACGACUUAGGCGGACCAAGUCUACUACCUCAACCGUUAAAACCAGGAGCAGCCCAAGAGUCCUUCUCAAGCGCUAAAAGCCACCUGAGCCAUGUUUUAACGUGUUUACACAUUCACUGUUUGCUGUAGAACGAGUUCAGGAUCACCACAAGAUCACAAACGCCUGAGAAAUGAGUGAGUUCCAUUUCAAAAUCGCUAUCAAAAAUGCCUUCCUUUUCAAAUGUAAUGCAUAUCGUGAUCAAAGCAUUAUUUAAUUUUAGUUUGUGGGAAAACACACACACAGUGACUUCAUCCAACCAAAUGCCUACCUCGCUCACGGUGCAACCGGAAAUAACGCAAGUAAGACAAGUGGGACAUAUGGCGGGAGGCAAAUACACACUUACACACUAAGCUAAGAAUAUACACAGAAAGCAAUGCAAUUUACACUCAUUGACAACCUGCACGGCAUGCUGGGAAGCCCACCUGCACACUUUCCCAACAGGAAAUUACACGCUACGGUUGCACCAUGAGUGAGGGAAGGCGUUUGGUUUGAUCAGCUCCUGUUUGUUUUAAGGCAGGCGGGCCACGGCACGCUCUAAAAAUAUCAUUUAACAAGAAAACUUAAAAAGGAAAAAAAUCUGCAGUAAUUUUACAAGAAUAAAGUCAAAAUAUUAAGAGGGAAAAAGUUGUAAUCUAAUGAGAAAAAGUCGUGAUUUUACAAGAAAAAGUCGUAGUUUUAUGAGGAAUAAUAAAAUAAAAUAAAUGUACUCUUAUGUCUACUAUAUUGGAUAAUACGAGUCUAAAGCCAUUUAAGCUCCCGAGAGUCAGGAGGCAGUUGUCCUCUUCGUGUUUUCAAGCUUAUCAUCUUGUUUUUUUUCCUUCGUACCGUAUUUUACAGACUAUAAGUUGCUCUUGAGUAUAAGUCGCACCAGCCAGAAAUGCACAAUGAAGAAGAAAAAAACAUAUAUAGGUUGCACUGGACUAUAAGUCGCAUUUUUAGGGGGGAAAUCUAUUCUAUAAAAUCAGAGAGCAAGAACAGAUAUUUCAUCUUGAAAGGCAUUAUAGUAAUAAUAAUAACAUGGAGAACGACAGGCUAAAUGGGCGUCUGCUAACGUGAUGUGAGUGGGUGGUAUUAGGCAUGCCACAACAACGCAUUUUGCUGACUGAUGAUCGGGCUAUAAAUUUGUCGAUAAUCGAUAAUGUCGAAUAUUUUUUUAGAUAAUUUUUUCAUGAAUUUUUUGUUAAGUGUAAUGUCACAUUUGAACCACUGGAUGGAACCACAGUAUAGUGUACCUGUGUGAAGUUACCUAUUGUGGCAGUCACGAGUCGGUGAGGAAGAGGUAACUCUUUGUUUUGCAAGCAGAGUAACAACACAGCUCAAGAAGACCGCGCUGCGCAUCCACACUGGAACUGUGGCAUUCGGCUUAGAAACGUUUUUUUGCCUUCAAACAUAUUCACGUUUGCUUGCUAACUUGCUAACUGCUAGGAUAACCCGCCUCCACGUACUGGAAGAAAGCGGCUGAAUGGCUGACAGGAGAACCAGUGUGCACAGACACGUGCAGAGUGAACGCUCUUGUCAUCCAGCCUGUGCGGCACAGCGAGACGAGGAAAAGGAAAAGGAAAGUACAUGUAUGCACAUUUCAAUUUAUCCAGGCGUCAAAAUGAUCGUCCUCGUUUUUUUCUAUCGUUCGAUUCAUCGAUUUAUUGUGGCAGGCCAAGGUGGUAUGCUAAGGUAACAUAUUAACAGUUAUUCAUACAACUAUAGCCUGAACAACAUAACUAGCUUAGCUUAAACACUGGUUCGUGUUUCGUCUUUCUCACUUGUCUUUGUAAGUUGAUGCUUACAUUGUACAUUUUCAGUGGUACAGGAGUGAUAGAAUGAGCAGAUACUGGCACACAAGCCUAGAGCGCCAUCUCGUGGCUGUCAGUGUGGAAAAAAACAUAUUUAAAUCGCUCUGGAGUACAAGUCACAGGACCAGCCAAACCAUGAAAGAAAGUAUGACUUAUAGUCUGGAAAACAUGGUAGUUCUGGCAUAGCUUGGUUUUAUGUAUUUUUUUCUCAUUACAGUAAAUCCUCACCACUUUUCAUUUCCAAUUUCAAAGCCUUUUAAAAAUCACAUGUUUCAUGGUUGAAUACGGCCGAUUAUUAGUAAAAAAAUAAUGCAUAUUUUCCGCCUAAAUGAAUAAUUUUCAAGCAUAAAAAUGGCUACAUGACGUACAAUACAAACAUAAGGCAUUCAGAAGACGCAUUCAAAGACAUUGUGAUGAUAUGUAGUACUGUACGCUGGUCACCAGGUGUCACUAAUGUUACUGUCAUGUUGGGUGAGACACACAAGCACCACACUUGAUUCGCGGAACAACAAAAGGCUUUUAUUGCAGCUUUGAAUGAUCUCACAACAGGCACAAUAAUCCCUAACAUGAGCUACUGGCGGCCGUAACCCACACCAACCUAAAACUCAACACUGAACCCCCGAUGUCACUUCCUGUCCACGCCACCGGAAGACAUUUACAGCAACACACACGAGCACAAGUCUUAUGUCUUAUACUGUGUGUCUACUGUAUGUCUUAUUAUGUCUACUAUAUUGGGUAGUAGGAGUGUAAAGGUGACUAUAGGGGUGCAUGUGCAUAUUUAAGCAAAUUUUACAUAUUUUCGACAUAAAUUAAGCAUUUUCAAGCAUAAAAAUGCCUAAAUGACGUAAAAUACAAAUAUAAGGCAUUCAGAAGACUCAUUCAAAGAUGUUGUGAUGAUAGGUAGUAUUACACACUGGUCACUAGGUGUCACUAAUGUUACAUUGAUGAGAGAAUAGCCACAGCAGGAAGUACUAUACAGAAAAGGAAGUAAAAACAGAAUAACAACAAGGAACUCUCCCAAUGCUAACAUUUGAGUCUAUAUGAUGUCUACUAUAUUGGCUAAUAGGAGUGUAAAGGUGACUAUAGGGGUGUUAUUUCAUGUCUAGAGGGCUCUAAUUAUAUUAAAAAGCAUAUUUAGAAGGUGCUAAACAGAUUUUCUAUGCUCUAUCAAAAUAUUCAAUUUAUAAUUCAGGAAUCCUACUUCACGGAAAUUCACUUAUCAUGGUCAGGUCUGGAACCAACUAACCGCCAUAAACGAGAGAUUACUGUACUUUUGUAACAUGCACAAUAAUCCUGAACGUGCGCUACUGUUGUAGCUGUGACCCACGUCAAGCUAAAACUCAUCUCCUGUCCCUGAGCACCACAACACAUUUACAGCAACACAUACGAGCACGAGUCUUAUUUAUGUUUUAUUUUCUCUUAUUAUGUCUACUAUAUUGGGUAAUAGGCGUGUAAACGUGACUAUAGGGGUGUUAGUUCAUGUCUAGAGGGCUCUAAUGUUAAAAAGCGUAUUUAGGAGGUCAUAAAGGCUUUUCUAUGCUCUUAAAUAUGAAAAUAUUUGGUUUAUAAAGAAAUAAUCAUACUUUGCGGAACUUCACUUGUCACAGUUGGCUCUGGAACCAAGUAACCGCCAUAAAGGAGGGUUUACUCUACCUGGCUGCAGGAUGAUGAACCUGACCACCUCUGCACAUACGGUGCAGGGGUGCUGCAUUGGCGCUGCACAAGGCUGUGCUACGCUAUGCUGUGUUUUGGUUCAGGGUGUUCCAAAACUAGAACAUGACUGCUAAUUCAAUUCUUUAAACUUGCUAAAUGAACUUUUUGACAGUACUGAACAAAAAACAUUUUUGAUAAGGUUGUUGCAUUGGCUCCCAUUGGAUGGUGCAGGCGUACGUUCUUAUAUAGUGGUGCGAAAAAGUGUUUGCCCUCUUGCUGAUUUCUUAUUUUUUUGCAUGUUUGUCACAUGUAAAUGUUUCAGAUCAUCAAAUAAAUGUAAAUAUUAGUCAAUGACAACACAACUCAACACUUUAUGCAGUUUUUAAAUGAAACUUUUUGUCAUUAAGGGGGGAAAAAAAUCCAAAGCUACAUGACCUUGUGUGGAAAAGUGGGGCUGGGCGAUAUGACCUCAAAUCAAUAUCAUGACAAAUUGGGCAGGUUUACCUCGAUAACGAUAAAUGCACACUAAAUCAUUGACCACUGUAUAUCUUUGCCAUCUGAAAAUAAAGUACAUACAAUACAAUACAUUACAAUACAAUACAAUACAAUACAAUACAAUACAAUACAAUACAAUAACUUCAGGUAUGCAAAGUAACUGCUUUUUGUUGAUUUAUUGACCAACUGGCACACAUUACUUUCAAUGAAAUAUAAUGCACAGAAUGGGACACAACUACUCAAGCCAAGAAAAGUUGCAGGAGACUUGGAGAUUUACAUACACAUGCGCCAAAAUGUUACUCUACUUUGAUUCACUUUGUAUGGACUUAUUUCUGGAGCAAAAUGCGAAUUAAAAGGGUUGAAAAACGUAGUCGCACGUGUGCUCCCUUUUUAUUUUUUCAACUCGCACAGUCCAUUUCUAGGCGCAUAUGCGAGUGGAAUGCUGGCACUCUUCAUUUGAACCAUCAGCCGUUCCCUCAUUGUCUGUUUCCCUUCUUGUUCAGGCUGGAUGGGUGGAGUCACGUGACCAGCACGCACAGUCAAAACAGGCAAAGAAGACUUUUAUUUUCUUUUUUAUUAAAACACAGAAUUUAUCGACAUCGGCAAAAUGACGUCGGUUAUCGUAGUGAAUUUCAGUAACGGUAAAUUUUCGGUUAUCGCCCAGGCCUACUGCUAAGGGACAUGUAGCUUUGGAUUGUUUUCUCCCUUCAUAAUAAAAGUUUUCAUUUAAAAACUGCAUAAGGUGUUCAGUUGUGUUGUCACUGACUAAUAUUUACAUUUGUUUGAUGUUCUGAAUCAUUUAAGUGUGACUAACAUGCAAAAAAAAUAAGAAAUUAAGAAGGGGGCAAACACUUUAAGCGUUGGGCUUGCCAAAUUGACAAAUGUUGGAUCGCUAUCAGUGUGACCCUAAAGUGCUGUAUGUUUGCACGGUUUAUCCCCGACAACACCCACAAUGACCACGAAACCUUCUGCACCAUCAAAGGCACCUGCGGUCGCACCCAAAAGGCAUAGGAGGAUGAAGUUGCAGCUAUAGGGCGCCAUUACGGAAGGAGGAAGGAACGAGGAAAAUGUGUUUUAACAAGGAUACAAAAACACUACAGCCGAAUGGCGCCAGGACGAAGAGGCACGGUCAGAGGAGUGAAAUACAUGUCAGUCACUUAAUCAUUUUUUGUGUCCAACCUAGUAGGUUGAUCAUUAAAAUUCAAACGAAAUGUGAACUUUGAGAGUGUUUAAACUAAGAGAAAUGUGAGAAAAUGUUAAUGCCUGUCUGAGAAAAGUGUAUAAAGUGUAUGGUGGGGGCUUUUACAGCCUUAAAACAUAUAAUCAUUGGAAACAAAUAAAGUUGGCUACUUGACGGAUUCCACUUAUUGCGGGCUAUUUUGGGAACCUAUCCCCCCGCCAUAAACGAGGGAGCACUGUAUAUCAAAAUCAAUCAUUUCAGAUGUUUUCCUCUAACAUCAAUAUGUUCACUGCCAUUUAUUUUCAUGGGGUGUUAUUUGUCGACAGUUGUCCAAACUCCUCACUGGUAUUAAGACAUUAGCAUGCACUGACGUUGGAAACCUCGUACACAUUCCGCCGACUUGCUGCGAUUAUUGCAAGUGGCCACAAAAGCAUCUGCGACAUGACGCAGUGUAGCGUGAAGGUGGUCAGCAUGGCGUGCGUGAAUCAGGCUCUGUCACGAUCCACGUGUCUUCUUGGACAAAGUGCUGAAAUAAAACUGCUGUUGGUCUAUUUGGUUGUUUGUUUGUAGCCCUUCCCGUCAUGCUUGUAGUGUAUCUGUGCACGCCUUCUCAAGGUUUUUGUUCUGUUUGUGUGCUCAAUAAUAAAAGUCCACGUUAAGUACUGUAGAUAUGAACUGGAUUCUUCACAGGUGGAUGAUGGAAGGUCCUCCAGGAUGGAAUGGUGUGCCUUCAACGUGACUUUUUGUGCACAUUUCAGAAGAAGAGGAAGUCAUGCUGGUAUGUUUGUUAGCUGGUAGCUAACAAACAGAUUUUUACCACUGUCACACAUCAAAUGUGACUGUUUGUAACAAACAGAGAGAAAACUACACC